GUGCAAUUUUUAUAAAAUAAAACUUUAAUUAAAAUAAAAAAUUAAAUAAAUAUUCGACUCAGCUCGUUAAGAUCCGCGAACUUUAGCCGAACCGAAACGGAGACGUUUCGUUUAACAACUCUAUCCUCAAAUCCCAAAUGAUUUCCAGAUGAUCCCGGAAUAUCAUCGACCUUGGAAUAUCAACGGUCCAGAUCUAUCCGGUGUCAAACCCUUUUGGCCCCCUAUAUUCCACCCUCGACUACCCCUCGAUUCAAUCGUCUUCCUCGCAAAAUUUUCAAACCAUCAGUCAAUCGAUUCCUGAAAUCCAUUACCAAAUCGUAGCUCCGAUUCAAAUAAAAUCUUCGUCGGCAAUGGCGUUACCUCACCUCUUACAUUUGCCUCCGCCGCCGUCGUAUUUACUUUUUCAGAAACCCCAUUUAAGCUGCGCCGAAGGUCUGCACAAUCCCUUAAUUCCAAUCUCCACGCGCCGCCGUGCGCGGAGGCAGAACCAGUCCACCUUCUCUCCCUGCUCCGCCGCCGAGAAGCGCCGCGCGAAUUUCCCCAGGCCAAACGACGUCGUCGAGCUCCCCAUCUUCCCCCUCCCCAUCGUCCUCUUCCCCGGCGCCGUCCUCCCCCUCCAAAUCUUUGAUUUCCGGUACCGAAUGAUGGUUCACACGCUCCUCCACUCCGAUCUCCGGUUCGGCGUAGUCUACGCCGGCGGCGGCGGCGGCGGCUCCGCCGCCGAGGUCGGCUGCGUCGGCGAGGUCAUCAGGCACGAGCGCCUGAAGGACGACCGGUUCUUCCUAAUCUGCAAGGGUCAGGAGCGGUUCCGCAUCGCCGGUCUGGUCCGCACCAAACCGUAUCCGGUGGCGGCGGUGACGUGGCUGGAGGACCGGCCGUCGUCGCCGCCGCCGUCCGGCGAGGUCGGGGAUCUGGACGCGCUGGCCGGCGAGGUGGAAGCGCACAUGAAAGACGUGAUCCGGUUGUCGAACCGGCUGACCGGGAAGGCCGCGGCGGCGGUUCGGGAUCUCCGGCGGAACCUUUUUCCGACGCCGUUUUCGUUCUUCGUGGGGAGCACGUUCGAAGGGGCGCCGAGGGAGCAGCAGGCGCUGCUGGAAAUGGAGGACACGGCGGCGAGGCUGAGGCGGGAGAAGGAGACAUUGAGGCACACUUUGAAUUACCUCACGGCGGCGUCCGCCGUUAAGGAUGUUUUCCCGUCUUCCUCCUUGUGACAUUCCAAGGUUAGACUUGGACUGUCUACAAACUCAUUUUUUGUUAUGUACUUCUACAUAGUAAAGUUGUAAUGGUAUACAUACCAUUCUGGUUAUUUAUUAGUUGUUGAAAUGUUGUUGUACUAACAUAUACGUUGACAUCAAUGAUUAUGGCGGCAGCUAUAGUGCUAAUUUGCACACGA